GUACUGGUUGAUCUACUCAUUACAGUAACUCCUCGUUGCGGAUCGCAAUUGAUCACGAUUGAAGUGAAAUUUAAUCCGAAUUAUUAUCCAGAAGGCAAAUUCACCGACUGGAUCGUUGUUGGCGUUUCAGGCCGACCAGAAUGUCGUCUACGUGGAAACGGCGAAACUCAAUAUGUAAUAGAAAUUGCAGUUUUUAAUGAUCCAUGUCUAACACAAAUGCCUGCUCCAGGCGUUUUUCAAAAUCGUAUACGAAUCGGACAGAAUCCCGCUGUGAUACUUCAAGGAGACCAGACCCUAACAGUUAAAUGUGUAUAUGGUUUACCAGAAGUCGAAACCCUUCCAUUACCGGUUAUCAAUCCUAAUUUUAAUAUUGAAAAAACGACUAUUUUGAAAUUCUCAUCCUAUUACCUUUAUUUAUAUCGGUAUUGUUUAGGUCGUUGGCGACAACUGCUCCUCAAAGAUGCGGCGUUCAGGCGCCAAUUAAUGAUGACCACUAGUAUCCAAGAACUAGACGACAUUUCACAACAACCAGAAUACCGAAAUCUAUUUACACGUGAGAAAUGGGCACAGAUUAUGCAAUGUGUACAUAACGCCCUCAAUCAGACAAAUGCUCCAUUGCUCGAAAAUGCGACGUCCAACACUCAACUAAACGUCUACAUUGGUAAUGUAGGGUCCGACUGGUGA